AUGGCCACAGAAAAUGGAAACCCUCGAUAUCCGCCUCCAUUGGGUGAAUCUGAUCUUCGCGGCCGUCGCAGGAUCCCUCAUCCACCGCGUUUGGAUCCUUUGAAGAUUGAACCACGCGUGCUGCGAACCGCAAAACCAAUCCUGAGAUCGUCGCCAAACUCUCCCCACUCCGCGCGCCCGCCGCGAUCGCAUUCUCCUCUGCCGCCAGUGAACCGGACUGUCGUCGAGGAACGUCCAUGGAUCCCGGAAUCGUUAAGGGCAGGUUCGCCGCAAGGCCGAGAAGAAUGGAGAGCGAAAACCCCGACCGGUCGCACUCCCCCUUACACGCCUCCUGCAGACCGAAAUCCCCCGACAUGGUAUACUCGGGAUAACGAUUUUGACGGGCCAACCCAGCACAAAGCCCCGCCUGCCAGGGGCGGUCUGCGGAUUUCCAUGUCGAUGUCCAGGUUGAAUAGCAGGCGGCCCAGACUGCAGGAGUCUCCGGACCGUCGCCAGGAAUUGAACCCACACGCUCUGCCAUUACCGCGCUUCCCUUCGAAUGGACCCGCGGACGACAAUGCCCUCAGAACUAGCGUCAAUUCCACUAUGACUUCGCGAUCCAGCGUCGAGCAAAACAGCGGUACCGAGCGCAGCAGCGUUCUCACCAAGAGCAGCUCUAUCACCGACCUUUCACCUGAUACCCCAGACGCUCCUUAUAUGGAUGAGGGAAUGAGUGUGGAAGACGCGAUUUCCAUGUACCUGGAUGGCUUCAGCGAUGUGACCGAGGAACCAGGCUCGCCCAAGUCUUGCGCUGAAAGCAAGGCCCCAUCCAUAACUCCCCCUCCAUCAAGAGAUUCGCGCGUCGAAAAAAUUUUCCCACCCAAUACGACAUCGCUGGACGACAUCCCUCCCAUACCCCCAUUGCCACAGCCAACCUUACUGGAGCCAAAAGCAUUUGAGCCUGCGCCAUCAGAGCGUCCAGUCUCAGAGCCCUCGCCCAAAAGCCCGCCGCCACCACCACCCACUCUUCAAUUCGAACCAACUCUUCAAUUCGAACCAACUCUUCAAUUCGAACCGACGCCGCUCACAUCUCCAAUUUCCGAUAAACCGUCCAAUUUACAGACUUUCCACCGGCGACAGCAGUCGCGAAUCAUCAUUCCAGGGCCAGUACCACCCCCUCUCAUUUCUGGAAAUGAAGCUCGGGAUGAGUACGGGUUCCGCAAAGCCACACAGUACGUCACGUUGGAAAUGUAUCAAGCCUGGAAAGGCCCAUAUUCCAACUACGCGGGUCAGCGACGGACGAAAUGGCACGAAAUGCUCAAGGAGCAUGGGCUGUCCACGAACGACCCGACUGUAUUCCCAGCACAGUCCAACAAAGUCAAGCGUUUCGUCCGAAAGGGCAUCCCGUCCGAGUUCCGGGGUGCAGCAUGGUUCUGGUACGCCGGCGGGUACGAGCUCCUGAACCGACACGUCGGCCAUUAUGACGACCUUGUGCAAAAGGUCAUGAACUCGCCAAGCAACGAUGAUAAAGAGCACAUUGAACGAGACCUCCAUCGCACGUUUCCCGAUAAUAUGCAUUUCAAGCCGGACGGCGUGGACACCGCCCAAUCUGGUCAAAAUCCCGAUGUGACGACGGAGACGCAGAUGAUUCAAUCACUUCGCCGGGUGUUAUAUGCUUUCGCACUCCACAACCCCAAGGUUGGCUACACGCAGUCGCUCAAUUUUAUCACCGGCAUGCUUCUUCUUUUCCUUCCCGAGGAAAAGGCAUUCUGGAUGCUGCACAUCAUCACCUCAGAAUACCUCCCCGGUACUCAUGAGAUCAGUCUAGAAGGUGCAAACAUUGAUCUCUGGAUCCUGAUGGUUCUCCUCCGGGACUCCAUGCCCGGCGUCUACGCCAAGAUUUCCAGCAUGGGCGGGACACCGUCCGGCCGCAAAACACCCCCGCUCACUGUUAAUUCGCGAUUACCGGACAUCACUCUGGGGUUGACGAAUUGGCUCAUGUCGGUGUUCAUUGGUACUUUACCUCUCGAGACCACGCUGCGAGUCUGGGACAUUUUCUUCUACGAAGGCUCCAAGACGUUUUUCCGUGUCUCGCUUGCCGUCUUCAAGGCAUGCGAACGGGAGAUCCUCGCAGUCUCCGACCCGAUGGAAGUAUUUCAGGUGGUACAAACCAUACCCAAGAAAUUGCUCGAUGCCAAUAUCCUGCUCGAAGACUGCUUCGUGCGACGCCAUCGAGUCGGGCAAGGUCGAAUCGAAGAACUAAGAGCCGCGCGACGGACAGCUGUUCGCCAGGAAAAGAUGCGCCGGUCGGUCGCUUUCAGCAAAGGUCAGAUUCAACCAGCCACCGACGAUUUCGGAGUCCGCCCGCGAAAUGGUCACCCGCGUGUGGUGGAUUCCCUGCGCAAUCUCAAGCAACAUGCAUUCCGAUAG